AUGCGUCUCCCUCCCCCUUCAGUCCGUUACGUCCUGGAGCAGACGCGACAGGGCGCCACCGUCCCGUUUCUCGCGCGCUACCGCCAGGACGAGAGCGGGAAGCUCAACGAGACCCAGCUCCGAGCGGUUCUCUCCACCGCAGACGAGGUCGCCGAGGUCCACCGGCGGCGGCAGUUUAUGCUGAAAAGCCUCGGACAGCGGGGACUGCUGACGGAGGGGUUGCGGCGGACGCUCGAGGAGAUGGUGCACCUGAGCCAGCUCGACGACGUGUGGGAGCCGUUUAAGGUUAAGAAAACGAGCCUGGCGUCGCGGGGUCGGGAUGCCGGCUUCGGUCCCUUCGCAGAGGCACUCGUCCAUCAGGGCGUUGCGCUGCCUAACCUGAUGUUGAUGAUUUCCCGUGUGGAGGAUGGGAGACGACUAUUUGUGGCUAUCCUAGCGGAGGAGAUCCAGCGUUGUGAUUAUAUUCGUCAGGAUUUACUCCGUCAUUUACAGCUUCACGCUCAUCUGUCGAGUGUUUUGGUGCAUCAGUCCCGAAAAAAGGUGGCUAAGGAGAUGGAUGAGGAUGCAUUGUGUCAAUUACGAGGGAAGUUUCACUACUACGAUGGAAAGCGCUGGUCAUUGCAUCGACUCAACAGCCAUAACAUUUUGGCACUGCAGCGUGGUGAGACGAAAGGAAUCUUGCGGAUAGACAUCGAGUCCGAUCAUAGCUGCGAGCGCCUUUUUGAAGGGCUUGUCAAAAAGCAUUUUAACGGUAUCGCUAAAUUGCUUUCUUCAUCAUUCUCAGACUCCCCAAACGCUUCUGGAAACUUUCAUAAGCAGAAUUCCAACUCCGCCAAUCGGCGAGACGAGGUUCAGCUUGUGCGUGAAGGUUUGCAUUUAACUUAUGAGCAUUUGCUUAAAUCCGUUAAGAACACCAUUCGCCGUGAUUUAAAGAAAAGCGCUGAUCAAGAGGCAAUUUUGGUAUUUGAACACAAUCUUCGCUAUAUGUUGCUUCAGCGUCCACUCUCCAAAGCUCGCAUAUUGGCCAUGGACCCUGGCAUCACCAAUGGGAUUAAAUGCGUCGCCUUAGACGAAAACGGUGAGGUUAUGAGCUUCUUCAAAUGUACCCUCAUGGAUGAGAAGCGCAUGCAAGAGUAUAUUUACAAGAUCGUGGAGACAAAAAAGCUCAACAAAAUUCUCAUUGGAAAUGGAAUGGCCUCGCAGCAAACUGCUCUGCUUGUGGCGAAGACAAUUAAGCAACGGAAGUGGGGCGAUGUAGAAUUCGCGAUUGUGAGUGAGGCCGGCGCGAGCGUCUAUUCCGUUUCUGAUGCUGCCAAGGAAGAGUUUCCUACGUUGGACAUCAUGUAUCGUGGGGCAGUCAAUAUCGGCCGUCGCGUGCUAGACCCUCUGAGUGAGCUGGUCAAAAUACCCGUGCGGAGCAUGGGUAUUGGUAUGUACCAGCACGACGUCAAUGAGAAAGAGCUCCUCAAGGGACUGAACGAUGUGGUAGAGUCGUGUGUAGCGUUAGUAGGCAUCAAUGCCGCCAGUUCGAACCGGUAUGUGAUGGAGAAGGUGCCGGGUAUUCAGAAGAAGCUCGUUGAUCAAAUCGUUCUCGCACGUCAUAACAAGCAUCUCAAUACUCGCGAGGACUUGCGCCAUGUUCCCAGCAUGACCGAACUUGUGUACAACCAAAUUGCGGGUUUUUUUCGCUUUCCCAACUCCCCCGAGCCGUUAGAUAACACGAACAUCCACCCGGAGUCGUACCCCCUCGUAAAACAGCUCUUGAGUUUGUAUGACCAAGGGGAGUUGGGGUGGUGCGCGGGGGCAGCCGGCUGCCAUAAACGCCAGCAGCUCGGCCUGAUUAUCUCGAACCUGCCGGAGGACGCUCUUCUCGGGAUGGCAGGACGGCUGUCGUGUGGGGUAGGAACUUUGACGUUGGUGGGGCGGGAGUUGCUUUCCCCGGGGUUGGACCCCCGGGAUAGCCUCCCCCACGCCGGGCUGCUUCGCCGCGAGAUCCAAGAGGUGAAGGACCUCCAAAAGGGCGACCGGUUGACGGGGAUGGUCCAGUCCGUUACCACGUUCGGGGCUUUUGUGGACUUCGGCUUGCACGACGCCGUCCUCGUGCGCGGCCCCGGCGUGGACGGGCUGCGAGUGGGGGAGGUCCUUCAGGAGUUGAAGUUCACCGGGCUCGACCACCUCGGACGGGUCCAGGUUGAGGAGUACCAUCUUCCCCCCAAGGAGGCGACGGCGGCCUCGCAGGGGGAAAGACGUAGCGGGGGUUGCCAUCCUUUGCGCCUGGAGGCGGAGGAUAUAUUAACCCAGCCGCACGACCCGGAGUCGGAUCGCGGCAUCGACGUGGAUGGCCCUAAGGGACUUUCGGCACACCUCACACGGGCUCGUCAGGAACGGAAACGGGAUCUGGGGGCCUCUGCCUCGCCUGGUGGAUUAAAUGAUGACCAUAAUCGAAUACGGAUCAGUAUGCCGGCCAAAGAUGUAGCCCUCAUCCCGUCCCCUGCUCCCGAAGCUGUUAGGAAAGUUAAUGAUCAGAUUGAUUAUGCAACUGAUGUAAAGGAGGAUGGCGAUGACCCUGAACCGCACAAGCGACGGCGUGUGGAGGCUGGGGUCGAGGAGACACCCGCCACUAUCAACUCGGUUCAACAUCAGAGUCCACCCCUUGAAUCUCAUUUGGAUCGUGUUGAAAUGACUGCGGUGGUGGAUACAGCCCCAAAGAAAAAGCCUGCGUCGCAGAAAAGAGUGCCCCGAACGAAGAGGGUGGCAUCGACUGCAGUGAAGGGAAAACCUGAUUCCAAAAAGCCAAAGGCUAAAACUAAGGGCCAAAAAAAUUCAGUUUCAACCACUUCUCGAAAAUCUAUCGUAACUACUCAUUCUGACAAUUCACAAAAAGAGGAUUAUUUUGUGCUUUAG